AUGCAUUUCCCCAAAUCACUCGCCGUGGUUCUUAUCCAGCUCACUCUGGGAUCCGUGUCUCCUGCAGCAGCAACAGGUUGCGGUGAGUACGAUGCUUGCAUUGGCACUGAAUACUGUGCAACCAAGACAUUCACCACGCCCGUCUCCACGAUUAUCACUACCUGCCUACCUACGGCGACUUGCCUAGGGGUUUAUGAGGGCUGUAGUUUUGGGGGCGGGAUGACGUGCUGCUCGGGAUACUGCGCAGCUACCAGGUGUCGCAGCACGGAUACAGACUGGCCAAACUGUUCGGAGGAUAUGGGCGCUUGUAUUGCAGAUGAAAACUGCUGCUACGGGAACCAAUGUGUGGAUGGGCUCUGCAUUCGACCUCCAUAUUCGUCCACGCAGACUAUGACUACGUCUUCGCCGACAUCUGUUUGUUAUUCUGAUACCUAA